AUGUCAUUAUAAAAAAUAUAUUAUGUGCCUGAGCCUCUGAAACCUUCACCAAAUUAUCGGGAAAUUGUCAAGUAGUGAAAAGAAUAUAUGUAGAAAAUUAAUAGAUUCUAGACAAGAGGAUAAAUAAAAAAUAGAUGAAUAUUUAGAUCAUUUCCAACCCACAAUUGAUGAAACAAGAGAGAAACAAGAUUAAUUUCUUGGCAAAAGGUGUUUUUUCUAUAAUAUUAUUUCAGAUAUCGAUCUAUUUUAUAAGCACUUGAAAGGGCCAAGAACAACUUAGUUAAAUAUAAUUUAUCUUUAUUGGAAUUGCAAGAUAAAAUUGAAAAAAGUGUUGAAAUCAGAAAAGUACUUGAAGAUGUUAACAAUUAUAAAACAUAUAGUGAAGCAUUAACAGAGAAUAUCAAUAAGUUAUAAAAUCAAAUAUAUGAACAUACUACAAGAUGUAAGAAUCUCAAAAGAGUCAUUGAAUAUAAACAUGCUGCACUUAAUAAAUAAAAUUCAAAAAAUCUUGUUCUUUUAAGAGAAAUCAAUGCAGCCAGACAUCAAUUAAAAAAAUAAAAGAAAACAUCAGAUACUUAAAGAACUUAAUAAUAAACUACAUUUUAUCCUUAAAAACCAUUAAGUCAGUCUAGUUAAAAGUAAGAAUAAUUAACUGAUCCCUAAAUUGAUUAAAUCAAAUAUGAGAAUAAAUAAAUGAGAUAUUAAUUAACUUCAUAUAGGAAUAACAAAUAUUUAAAGAUGGAAUUAUUUAAUGAAUGUAUGGAAGCUUAUAAAAGGUAUAAUCUAAGAUUUAUUAUUAAUUAGAUAUUUUUCUAAAUCCUAAAAAGUAGUCAAGAAUUCUGGUUUAUAACAUUCUUUACUUUUCUUUAUAUAAAAGGCAUAAUUUUCAUUAUAAGAUAAUGCUGCAAAUAAUAGAUAUAAUCAUAAAAAUUUAAAGAGUGUAAUGGCAGGAAGAUAAAUUAGAAAUUUAGUUCAUGAUACACUCAAAUAGAUGGCAGAAGAUAAAUAAAAUAAAAAAAAUCCAUCCUUUGAUAAUUUACAAUUGGAAUGGGAAAUUUAUAAAGAUUAUAAUGCAAUGCAAAUAGUUGCUUUGAUGUGUUUGAAGCCUAAAAUAUUUGCUGAAUUGGGUUAAAUGUUUUAAUAAGAAGUUUUACAUUGAAU